AUGGAACGAGCAGCUUGUCAUAUGGCACAUGUUUUCACAACUGUUAGCCAAAUAACAAGUAUUGAAGCAGAGCAUUUAAUACAUCGUCAGCCUGACAUUUUGACACCAAAUGGUUUGAAUGUGGUCAAAUUUGCUGCACUACAUGAAUUUCAGGUUUUACUUUCCAAUAUAUUUAUAAAAGGUUCAGUUUUGAAAAUUUAAAG